UCUUCGCGCUCGUUCCUGAAUCUCUAUGUCGUUUUCCGCCGGUCUCCCCGCCCCGUUCUUCCCUCUCCGGACUUGAUAUUCCCCCCCAGCCCAGCCGUGGAGAAACGAGCAGCAGCCCCCUCCCUCGCCCGCGCCCCAAGAAUCGGGGUUUUGGAGCGAGCAUGUCGCUCGGACACCACCACGCCUGGCUCCCCCCGGGCCAUCUGCGCCCUCCCGACGACCUUCAUGAUGCGCGGUCGGCCAAUGGCUAUUCCAGAUCUUUUUCCGGCGCUCGCACUCCCCAGUUGCGCGCCUCGGCCGAUGCCGACGGCCUGCACGCGGGAACUUUGAUAUCCGAUGCUGAUCUGGCAGCCGACGAUGACCCACGUAUCGCCAUGUUCCGGGACUUGUACAAGCGCAGCGAGGCGCAAAUCAACGAUCUCUUCGCCAACCAGAAAUCUGCCGAGGAGGCCGCCCGCAGCGCGGUCGCCGAUGCGGAGGAGACCCAGACUAAGAGCCAACGCGCCGACGAGUCGGCUCCGCCUCCCGCACCCGCCAAGAAACCCGCGAGGAAACUCGACGAUGACGACUACGACGACUACGACGACGACGACGACGAUGAUGAGGCUCCAACCCCUCCUAAGCCCAAGUCACUCGGCACAUCUCACGACCCGAGCGGUCUCCCGUCGCCCAGUCGGCCCUCCAGUGGCUCCGUGUCGGUCGUCAUCGAAGCGCAAAAAGAAACUAAGAAAGAAACCCUGGAGGACAUCCGCAAAAAGCUAGAACAAGAUAAAAAGGCUACCGAGGAGGCCGCCAAACGGAGUUUCCACACCCUCUUUUACACCCUAGAAAAUGAUAGAGAUGCCAUGCUGGACCAGCAGCGACUGGAAGAGUCGGAGCGCCAAGUCGAGGCGGAGAUGUCGGGCCAGGCCAACGCAGGCAACAACCCCAAUUCCAACUCCAAUGGGUACGGCUCGCUGAGUAGCGCCAACCUGGGCGCCUCGAGCCUGACCCUCAAGAACCUGAUCGCGCGCAUUGACAUGAAGCGCACCAUGGUGCAAGCUUCGGAUGCAGAGCUGCGCAGUCUGAUGAGCGAAGUUCGGAAGAACCGAAGCAAGUGGGCCAGUGAGGACAAGAUCGGUCAAGAGGAGCUCUAUGAGGCCGCCGAGAAGGUCCUCAGUGAACUCAAGGCCAUGACAGAACACUCGACGGCGUUUUUGACCCGCGUCAACAAGCGCGAUGCGCCUGACUACUACACGAUUAUCAAGCACCCCAUGGACCUUGGCACUAUGACUAAGAAGCUCAAGGCUCUGCAGUAUAAGUCGAAGCAGGAAUUCGUUGACGAUAUCAACCUAAUAUGGUCCAAUUGUUUCAAGUACAACACUAACCCCGAGCACUUCUUGCGUAAACAUGCAUUGUAUAUGAAGAAAGAAACUGAGAAGCUCGUUCCCCUUAUCCCGGAGAUUGUCAUUAGAGACCGGGCCGAGGUGGAAGCAGAAGAGCGGAGGCUCCAGCUCGCCGAGAUGGAUGGCGCAGACGAGAGCGACGAUGAGCCCAUCAUGUCGUCCCGUGGAAGGAAGGCGCCUGGCAAGUCAUCGAAAAAGGGAGCUGCUCCUGUGCGGAAUACCCCCAGCGGAUCGGAACCUCCUGCGGGUCAAGCCUCUCAACCACCCGCGCCUGUACGGUCGGAUUCAGACACCGUGAUGGAAGGCACCCAGAAUGGCUUUCCCACGCCACCUCCCGGGGGAACGCAAACCCCAUCGGAUCCUGCUGGUGUUGGCGCCGGUGUCCAAGGAAGCCAGGGUGACGCUAUGGAGAUUGAUGGGUUAAUACCUUCGAACAACAAUACCCUGACUGCCUUACCAGCGUCUGGCGUGGAGUCGGAGGACCCCGAGUAUAAAGUCUGGAAACAGGUCACGAAAAAGGAUCGUGCUGUCAUUGCCGCGGAGCGACAUCGCCUGUUCAAGGGCGACAAACUCAACUCUGAGGAGCCGGCCCUGCUUAGGACCAAGGCUGGUAUGAGACGGUGGCUGAGAAACCAAAUGCAAAUCAAUGCAGAGGGCGACAAAGCCCGCGAGUCUACCGCGCAGGGUCUGGACCCUGGCGCAGCGGGUGAGACCCUAGCCGAAGGAAUCGAGGUGGACGAGGAUCGGGUAAUUCCUGAUUAUUACGACGUAAUGUCGGGCGUCCCUGACCUGCCUCCGCAUUUGUCAUGGAAGGAGGACUCCGAUGGUAACAUUGUGGAUGCCUCUGAAGAAUUCUUGCGCGUGCUGCCGUCCGGGUCGUUCACUCAACCGGACAGCAAACUUUCCCGCAAGAUGGAUGCGAACAUGCGUCAAAUGCAGGAGACACGGAAGGUCUGCUCGAAGAUCGGCAUUGUUAAGCAGAUGCAGCUGCAAUCUCAGAUGUACCAAAACCAGUUCCAGAAGUAUCAGCCUGAACCGUUUGUUGAACACGAUGUUCCCGCACAUGUGAUGAACGACGGGGGCCCGGUCAUUUCUCCGUGGGUGUGCAAAGCAGCUCUGCAGCGCUCAGUAGCGAAGAUAUUCUAUCACACUGGUUUCGAAGAGUAUCAACCGUCAGCUCUAGACGCAGUUACCGACAUCGCCUCGGACUUUUUCCAAAAAAUAGGAGAGACUUUGAAGUCAUACAUGGAAACACCGAAGCUUCCGGCGACUGAAACUCCAGAACCGAACACAGCGCCGCAAUGGAAACGAGCGUAUACGGAACCGGAAAUGGUCCUCCAUACGCUCUCCUCUGUUGGUGUCGAUGUGGAAAGCCUGGAGUCAUACAUCAAGGACGACGUCGAACGUCUCGGGACCAAGCUUUCAACUGCCCAUGACCGUCUUCGGUCGUUGCUAUCCGAGCUUCUGCGACCUGCCCUUGCGGAUGGCGGCGAAGAUGGCUCCAGUGCCUUCCAAGACGGAAGCGAGCAGUUCAUUGGCGGUGACUUCGCCGAAGAUAUUGAUGAAGACUUCUUCGGAUUCAAGGAGUUGGGGCUGGACAGAGAGUUUGGGCUGGCUACCCUCAGUGUUCCGCUUCAUCUUCUGCAGAAUAGGAUGUACAAUGCUGCCCAGGCGCAGAACACAAGUGCUGCACAAGCUGUCACGCUCUUUCCCCCGCCUCCCGCUUACCCUCGCAUCACAUCUGAGACAUUGUCUUCGCAAAUUGGUCUGGUACAAGGGUUCCUUGGUGCCAAGUUGAAGACCAGUAACAGCGAGUCUUUAGUCGAAGAUCUUGAGCUUCCCCCGAAACAACGACCUACGGCCGCCCGACCUCGUCUUCCUGCAUCCGGCAAAAUUCAGCCACCUGCAGCAGCUUCAGGUCUCACCACCAGCCCGCAGAAGCGACCUCUUCCCCCAUCUGCUGCAAGCCAACAACCCGCCUCCAAACUCGGAAUGUCGGAACCCAGUAAGAAGAAAGUCAAGAAAAACAGUGGGGCCAGCAUCGGCGCUUCUGAAUCUGUUGUAGAAGGAGAGGAGGCAUUGCCGGGUGCGGAUGGCACGAAAGCUUCAGCCACCACCGCUGUCAAGCCCAAUCCCGCUGAUGAGCCUUCUGUGGAUGCCACUCCUGACCUUAGUGGCAAAAGGGACAUGGAUACCGGGCCUGAUGGCGUCGGUGCGGAAAGCGUUGACAAUGCUGCACCACUGACGAACGGAACGGUGGCUGUUGAUGCGUCAUGAAAUGUUA